UUCCAAUGACUGAUUAACAGGGAAUAAAGGUAUGCGCCAAAAUCGUAUAUUUUCUUGUCCCGAUGUGAUAUGAUUGCUCCAUCUGAACACGUUUCUCACAGUGUGUAAUGGAGACAUGUACAUGGAGAUAUGCUUUGUUUGUUUGUUUAUUUGUUUUUUUUUUUUUGAGUUUUAUUGUUGAAUACCAUGUUAUUGAAUGUUAUAACCAAAAAUGUUUCUACAGCGUUUUCUUCUUACGGCACCCAAACCCCCUCCUUCCUCCCUUCCUCCUUCUCCACUCAACGCUCUCCCUUUUUUUAUUUUUUAUUUUUUUCUAUUGUCUCAUUUGGUGCCCGACAUUGUACCCUUCCUUCCUUCUUUUGAAUUCCAGGAACACAAGAACCAAAAGAUUUAAAUAAAGAACUUUGGGAGUCAUUGCUCAUCAACCAACUUACAUUAUUGUGGACAAUUCUCAUUUGUUCAUUCCUCCACCCAUCCUAGUCAUCCUACUGGCGAGCCUCCCCCCCCCUCUCUCU